AUGGUCAUAUAUUUUAUGUACGGGUUGCUGUUUGCGUGCUUUGCUUUACCUGGAAUCUUACACGGGGAUCUAGUUUUCCGAUGCUCGAGCUGCACGGCGGAGCGUUUGGCUGCGUGUCCCAAAGUCACCGCCGUAUGUACGGAGAUAGUGAGGGAGCCGGGCUGCGGCUGCUGUCCGGUGUGCGCCAGGAUGGAGGGGGAGCUGUGCGGGGUCUACACGCCGAGGUGCUCCAGCGGCCUCCGGUGCUACCCCAACAUGGAGGCUGAGUUUCCUUUGCAGCAGCUCAUCCAGGGUUUAGGGCGAUGUGGGCAAAAAGUGGACAUAGAUGUCACUGCAGUCGUGGACCACCAGGCAACAAAUGAGGUGCACGGGACUGAAAACCCACUCACCAGGAGACCCGCCAUAGACGCUUGGCUUUGGAAAGAGUCGGCCAGGAAAAGCUUAAGCAAUGAGCGCAAAACCAAGAUGAAGACGAAUCAGCUGGAGGAACAACGAACCCAGAAAGUGCCUCAGAGCGCCUGUCAGCAGGAGCUGGACAAAGUCUUAGAGGAGAUCUCCAAAAUUACUUCAGAGGAUAACAGAGGCCCACUGGAGAAUCUGUAUGAACUCAAAUUUCCAAACUGUGACAAACAGGGACUGUACAACCUCAAACAGUGCAACAUGUCCACCCACGGCCAGCGGGGCGAGUGUUGGUGUGUUAACCCCUUAACGGGGGUCCAGAUACCGGCGACGCCCAGAGUCAGGGGGGAUCCCAACUGUAACCAGUUUCAGGAGGAGCUCCGAGCCAUGCCCACCGCGGCGGCGGCGGCGGCGUCUCGCUGA